AUCGUGCUAUUCUUAAUAAACAUCUUUUCCUGCCAAGUUGAACUCUAUUUCUCGGACGCUAAUCUUCCGUACGAUCGGUGAGUGCCACGUUCUCAACUGACAUAUCCACAGGUUUGAGACGUGCACAUCCAGGUUCCUGUAGAAUCAGUACAUGGCGAACGCGGGCCAUUGGGUGCCAACCGUGCUUGUUGCAUGGUUUGAUCGCGUGCAUGCAUAUUGGCAAUUUGGUUAUCAUUGGAGCAUGGAAGCUCUGCAUCACAGCCACCAGCUCGUCGUUAGCGAGGAUGACGCCUACGUCCGGUGGCAUACGGAGGUGCGAGAGUAUAACUCACUGGAGCCCAAUAUUAUGCAGCAAGCAGCGCGUUACUCUUGCUUCAGGACUGCAGAUCGAGUGGAAAGAGAUCAGAUGCGAGAUAGAGAAAUCCAGGGAAGUCGUACAUUUUCUAGAGUAAUGUCUAUCCGAAGUAUUUUUGGCGAAUUGGUGAUUGGCUGGCAGGCGCGAGUGAGAGUCCAGAGGCAGACAUCCUUAAGUCCAUACGAGAGCAGCGGAGACACGCUCAUUAAAUGGUUCGGUGAGGAGUUCCCCGACACGGAGGCAGCACUGGAAGACUUCUUCAACCAAGGCAGCAAGGCGACCGCGGUGGAGAUGAGAAGAGUCGGAGACAACCAACUCAGUGCUCAGUGCUCGUACAGUUCGCCAACUAUAUAUGCUUCGGUGCAAGCGUUCCGCAAGGCCACAUGUAUUCCAACGCGGCGCGGCCAGGAGCUGCUAAUCGUGACAAAGUCCGUCCGCCAACACGGCGAGAAGCGAAAGCGCACAGAAGACCCUCAGGACAACGGCGGUGGAAACAAGCAAGAGAAUGCUUCUGGAGAUGUUCAUACAGGGUUCACAAGACAGCGCCGGCGUUGUGACGAGCACGACAAUGCUUCUGCGGACGUUCAAAUGCGAAGCGCGAAGAAAGCGAGAGCGAACUAGUGCGGCGUAAUAUGAGCAAUGCGCGGGCUUCUACGUGGAUGAAGAUUCCUAGCGAGCGUUGAUUUGAGUAAUGCGCAGACAGCGUGGGGCGUCAAAUAAAGCCGCAUAUAUUAUGAC